UGCGCUGGUCACUUUACCCUCUCUACAAAAUCCCUUUCUCUCUGGUUUCGUUAGGGUUUCCGUUGGUCCGGCUGGCCCUAGUGAUUUCUGGAGUGCAAUGCCUCUUCCGAAUAAAUCAAUCAAGGCUGCUCAGGAAGGCGGUGGCACCUUCAAGGAUUUCGAAGAUCCUGAGACCCCUUCCAACAAUUUAUGGGUUGGCAAUUUAUCGCACGAGGUUACCGAGUCAGAUCUUAUGGCUCUCUUUGCCCAGUACGGCGCUCUUGAUAGCGUCACCUCGUAUUCCUCUCGGAGUUACGGCUUUGUGUUUUUCAAGCGCGUCGAGGAUGCAAAGGCUGCCAAGAACGCGUUACAAGGCACCCUUCUGCGCGGAAUUCCUAUGAAGAUUGAGUUUGCGAGACCGGCAAAGCCAUGUAAACAACUUUGGGUGGGUGGUAUUAGCCCAGCUGUUACAAAGGAAGAACUGGAGGCUGAGUUCCGCAAAUUUGGUAAGAUUGAGGAUUUUAAGUUUGUCAGAGACCGCAACACUGCAUUUGUUGAGUAUUUCAAUUUAGAUGAUGCAACUCAUGCCAUGAAAAUGAUGAAUGGAAAGCGUAUUGGUGGCGACCAAAUUCGUGUAGAUUUCCUUCGAUCACAAUCCUCAAAAAAGGAUAUGUUGCUUGAGUAUGGACAGUUUCAGGGAAAAAUCAUGGGCCCUCCUGAUUUCUACUCUGGUCAGAAAAGGCCACUGCAAACACAACCUUCAGUUGUGAGGAAGGGAGAUGGUCAACCCAGCAAUAUUUUGUGGAUAGGUUAUCCUCCUUCUCUUCAGAUUGAUGAGCAAAUGCUCCACAAUGCCAUGAUUUUAUUCGGUGAAAUUGAGAGAAUCAAGAGCUUUCCUUCCAGGCACUACUCAUUUGUGGAAUUCAGGAGUGUGGAUGAAGCUCGACGUGCCAAAGAGGGUCUUCAAGGUCGACUCUUCAAUGAUCCUCGGAUUACUAUAAUGUAUUCAAGCAGUGAGUUGGCACCUGGCAAAGAUUACCCUGCCAUUUUCACUGGAAGCAAAGGACCAAAACCUGACAUCUUCCUAACUGAGCAAACAUUUCGACCAUUACAGAUGGAUGUGUUUGGCCACAAUCGUCCAAUGGUUCCAAAUAAUUUUCCACCUGGUGUUAUUGUUGGGCCAAACGUACCAUUGAGACCUUUUGGUGCUCAAGGUAGCCUUGAACCUUUGCUUUCAGGCAGUGAAUUUAAUGAAUUGGGCACAAACCAAAAGUUUCAGGAUGGUAGCUCCAAAAGUCAAAUGGGUCCAAAUUGGAAUCGGCCAUCUCCUCCUGCAGCAGGGAUGCUCCAUUCUGCACCGGGUAUUAGACCUCCAACUAGAUCCACAUCUAGCGCAUGGGAUGUGCUUGACAUAAACCAAUUUCAGAGGGAUUCUAAGCGUUCAAGGAUAGAUGGUGCUUUAUCUGUUGAUGAUGCUCCCUUUCCUUUAAGGAAUGUUGAUGAUCGUGCAGUAGGGUUAGAGCAAUCUUAUGGGAUGGAGCCAGUUAUUGAUGGUGGUUCUGGUCCAUUUGUAAACAUCCAAGGGAAGGCUCACCCUGGUCCAGUGGGCACAAGGAUCUCAACUGGAGUGCUUGCUCCUGUUCAACUUGAUAUUGAUCACAUAUGGCGUGGGAUAAUUGCAAAAGGGGGGACACCAGUUUGUCAAGCAAGAUGUGUCCCUCUAGGAAAAGGGAUAGGGACUGAGCUUCCAGAAGUUGUUGAUUGCUCAGCCAGGACUGGAUUGGAUAUGCUAACAAAACAUUAUGCAGAUGCUGUUGGUUUUGAUAUUGUCUUCUUUCUACCUGAUAGUGAAGAUGACUUUGCAUCAUACACUGAAUUUCUUCGCUACCUUGGUGCUAAAAACCGAGCUGGUGUUGCCAAAUUUGUUGAUGGGACUACUCUCUUCUUGGUGCCUCCAUCUGAUUUCUUAACGAAAGUUUUAAAAGUUGCUGGGCCUGAACGUCUAUAUGGUGUGGUUCUUAAGUUUCCGUCUAUGCCAAGUGGUACGUCAAUGCAACAGCCAUUGCCCUUGUCUGUACCUUCAACUCAGUAUAUUGAUAAGCAGCAGGUUCCUCCUUCUCAAGUAGAGUAUGGUCAGAAACCUGCAAAGGAGGAAGAACUUUUGCCUAUGGAUUAUAAUAGAUUGUUGCAUGAUGAGUCUAAAGUUCCUUCAAAACCACUUUAUCCAGCUACAAGUGGCGCCUCUUUAGUCCAGUCUGUACCCUCAGAUUAUACUUCUAGCAAUACUGCUGCAGCAACCCAACCUGGAGUUACAUUAACACCUGAGCUUAUUGCCACUCUGGCGACUUUGCUUCCUGGAACUACACAAUCAUCUGCCACUGAUGGUGCCAAGUCAGCAGUAGGCUCCUCAACUAUGAAAGCUCCAUUCCCUCCGGUUGUGCCUAAUGAUGGAAACCAAUCUCAUGUCUGGAAACAGGACCAUCAAAUUGCAGAUCCAUCCAGUCAUGUCCUUCAACAGGCAGGGAGUACGUACUAUCAACCUUAUCCAUUAUCAUCUACUUAUGGCCACCCUGGUCAAGUGGUCACUGGCAGUUCAAAUGUCCAAGAUUCUGCUGCCAGCUUACAGCAGCACGUUGCUAUCUCAUCUAGACCCAUGACUAACUUCUUGAUGCCUUCUCAAAGCGGACAUGUAACUUUAUCCCUCCCAAUGAAUCAAUCAUAUCAAGUUGAAGCCUCCUCCAGCUCUCAGAAAGGUUAUGGAGUGGUGCAUGGAAUAGAUGCCUCUGUUUUAUAUAGUUCUCAGGCUCCUCAGAAUCCUAAUAUUUCUAUUUCCUCGUCCAAUCAAGUUCAUGGUGCUAACCCUUCUCAGCAACAAACUGCUAUGCUAUAUUCAGCAGACAAAGGAAACACAGAGCCUCCAAGUCAGCAAUUUCAAUCUGCUCUCCAAGGAGGCAGUCAGGGCACAUCAUCAGAAGUGGAGGCAGAUAAAAACCAGAGGUACCAGUCAACACUACAGUUUGCUGCGAGUCUUCUCCUCCAAAUACAGCAGCAGCAGCAGCAGCAAACCCAAGGAGGGCGUGGGGCUGGAAAUCAACAAUGAGAAUUUUUGUAUCAGCCAUAUGGUAUGGAGUAUAGAUUCUUCUGCCAUGUUCCGAUGGAGUUCUGUAAAUAACUCGUGGAGCAGACUGUAAUUUUGCUUAUAUUGUGCUCUAUCAUUAGUUCCUUAUAAUACCUAUCUUGAUUUGCUGCCUUGCUGUAAUUCAUGCACCAUGAUGUUUCUAUCUGUAUGUUUUCAUUGCUAUAGCAUAUCUUUGCUGGUGGUUGAACAUGCUUGUUGAUUUAGUGUGCUAUACUAUUAUAACAUAAACGAGCAUAUUGAACCUUAAACUCUGCUUCAAUUGCAUGGCAUUACUUGUCAUCAGUCAUGUACCCCAUAAUUGCUUUGCUUUAGGCUUGAAAAGCCUUUUUCUUUAGCAUUUUCCUUGGAUCUAGAAUUUUUUGUUUUUUGGACUUGACCCUUAAAUCUAGAUUUUAGAUAUGAGAAUUCCUAUUAAUUGUUUAAUUUAUUUCAAUACGAGCUGUAACUUGAAUUAUGUAAAGAUCUUCACUGUGCUUUUAAAGAUAAUGAGAAAAUGACUGCUGAUUGAAUUUGUAAA